AAGGCUUCCCCGUCCCAUGUAACCAGGUUCCUCUCCACAAAAAGCCUGCUCCUUCUUCUCCCAAAACUCAUCUAAAGAAGCAAAAGAAGUAAAGCAUCCAUACAUUGACUUGGAAGAAGUGGCAGAAAAGUGCCGAAAGAGGAUUGAGAUCUAAAGACUUCCAAAGUUUCAGUCAUGAAUAGAGGAGUUUUUUUUUGCUGAACAUGGAGGAGUUUUUCAGAGCUCUCUAGUGCAGCAGAUGAUGUGGGGGAACCCCUAGCUGGUGGAACAUGAGUAACCUGAGGCCACCUCCUCUACAGACCUCUCUUCUUUUACCCUCUUUCCCCACCACCUCCUCCUCCUCCUCCUCCUCCUCAUCAUCAUCAUCUUCUUCGGUGUUUCCUCUAAACUCACAACCAUCUAAUUUUCUCCCCGUGACCCCGUGGCAUGAUAACCAAGAACUUCCUGAGUCAUGGAGCCAACUGCUGCUGGGAGUAUUGAAGGAGGAAGACAGUUGCAGCUUCACUCCUUUCCCAGGUAAGAGGAUGGAGAAUUGGGAGGAUCAGUUGUUAUACCCAUCAUCAAGUACACAUAUGGUUGAUGUAAAACAAGAGAUCUCUGGGAGUGGAUAUGAGUACAGCCAUGGGAGUGAAGAGAUUCAGGCAGCUAAGUCUCCUUGGAGCCAGGUCCUGCCAACUUCCUCUCCUAGUUCUUGUGCCACAAGCUUCAGCAGCAACGUGUUGGACUUCUCAAACAGCAAGGCAGAAAGAAAGCAUCUCCAACCAGAGAAUUCAUCCGAGUGCAACAGCACAACUGGUGCAGCCUUCAAGAAGGCCAGAGUUCAAGACUCCUCACCACAAUCACCUUUCAAGGUGAGGAAGGAGAAGUUAGGAGAUAGGAUCACAGCUCUUCAUCAGCUAGUUUCUCCAUUCGGGAAGACUGACACUGCAUCCGUACUACUAGAAGCCAUUGGCUAUAUCAGAUUCCUCCAGAGUCAAAUUGAGGCUCUGAGCUCCCCGUACUUUGGUGGUGGAACAAGGAGCACGAGGGAGUCUCAAAAGGUGUUGAAGGAACAAACUUUCAACUUUACAUUCCUAAUCCCUCUUUCCUAUAUUCCCUUCAGCAGUUGUUACACGACACCUGUAUUAAGAGAAGAGGAGCAGCUGAUCAGGAUGCUGAUGAUGAACCAAAGGACUUGAAGAGUAGAGGAUUGUGCCUGGUUCCAGUAUCCUUCACUUUGCAUGUUGGCGGCGACAAUGGAGCGGAUUACUGGGCUCCUCCUGCUUUUGGUGGGGGGUUCUCGAUCGACUGCGCCGAGUCCGCAGCAUGCUCGGGCUUAAUGAGUGGAUAUUCUAUCAUGAGUGGUCGCUCUGCCAACCCAAAGGUCGAUUGCUCUUGAUGCUAUAUAUGCACCUAAAUGAAGAGCAUCGAUCGACUUAAUUUAAAUCAGGAUGGCAGGGUUCUUAAUUAUACUUCAAUGAUUCAGAAAGGCUGGUUUCUUCACCCUCUUCCUUACACUAUGUUGUAUGUGUAAUUCUGGCUAUGUAAGCAUCAGGAGAUGGUUUCACACCUCUCUGAAUCAAGAAAGGAGUCCAAUCAUCUCUUUGAUUUGUAGCAAGCAUGCCACUGAAUUUGCUUAAUUUGAAGCGAUAGCAGGAAAGGUAGGCCACUGUUAGUAUUGGUAUUAUUUUAUAUUCAUACAGAGCUUGAUUAAUAGUUUGUGAAUUGCA